CCAGUCGGCGUUGACUCUGCGCAGGAGGAAGAUCACAUCUCCAGCCUUUAGGUUCAGCUCCAAGCGCCCAUUACCAUUAAAGUCGAACACCGCCUAAACACACAUACACACACGUGUUAUACACCCCUAAUACAUAUAUACAAUAUACACACUUACUUACAUACACCCUUAUACUUAACGGACAAAACUCAAGCAAACAGCAGAGUGAGGACGCACAAGUUGCCGAGAUGGCGAUGCACGACUUACUGAAAGCUGAUGACAUCAAGAAGGCCCUGGAUGCAUUUAAAGCUGCUGAUUCCUUCGACCACAAGAAGUUCUUUGAGCUGGUUGGACUGAAGGCCAUGUCUGCAGAGAACGUUAAAAAGGUCUUUAAAGUGCUGGAUGUUGAUGCCAGUGGCUUCAUUGAGGAGGAGGAGCUCAAGUUUGUGCUGAAGGGAUUCUCUAAAGAUGGUAGAGAUCUGACAGAUAAGGAGACCAAAGCCUUUCUCGCUGCCGCAGAUAAGGAUGGAGAUGGCAAGAUUGGCAUAGAUGAAUUCGAGGCAAUUGUGCACCAGUAAACAGAACAGACCUGGCAACCCAGCCGCAGCCUCUUAUCUCCUCUGUCAGCCAUUCACACCUAUUUAUUUGCAUCUUUUUAUACACAUACUAAGAAUACACGAACUGCUUCUGUUUAUCUUUUCCUUAUAUUCCUCUUUUCAGUUUCUCUCUCUCUAUCUCUAUCUCUCUACUUCUUCCUCUAUUCAGCAUCACAUCACUCAUCACUUCUUUAGUCUUUCUUCCUGCCCGCUACUGCUCCUUAUUCCCUGGUAAACAAUGAAAAAGACGAACAGAAAGUUAAGCUGUAAAAGUAAGAAAAACUCUGAGAAACUGAGAAAGAAAUAAAGUGAUUAUUGAAACCUGCGACAUCUUUAGAUGUACUAUUCAGUGGAA